AUGUUUUUGUUCGAUUGGUUCUAUGGAAUCUUGGCCACGUUAGGUUUAUGGCAGAAAGAAGCGAAGAUCUUGUUUCUAGGGCUCGACAAUGCCGGAAAAACCACUUUGCUUCACAUGCUCAAAGACGAGAGAUUAGUUCAGCACCAGCCAACACAGCAUCCGACAUCUGAGGAAUUGAGCAUUGGGAAAAUCAAGUUCAAGGCUUUUGACUUGGGAGGACAUCAGAUUGCUCGUAGGGUUUGGAAGGACUACUAUGCUAAGGUUGAUGCUGUUGUGUACCUAGUGGAUGCUAACGACAAGGAGAGGUUUGUGGAGUCGAAAAGAGAGCUUGACGCUCUUCUAUCAGACGAAGCUUUAGGAAAUGUUCCCUUUCUUAUUCUUGGGAACAAGAUUGAUCUUCCUUAUGCAGCCUCAGAAGAUGAGAUGAAGUACUACUUGGGUCUCACUAAUUUCACAACCGGUAAAGGCAAUGUGAGUCUCGGAGACUCGGCUGUUCGUCCCCUUGAGGUCUUCAUGUGCAGCAUCGUCCGUAAAAUGGGAUAUGGUGAGGGUUUCAAAUGGAUGUCUUACUACAUCAAGUAG